AUGUCGUCUCCUGCUGCUGUUCCAGAUUGGAAUAACCUCAAAGUGAUCCAUAAGGGUACGCUUCCACCACGAGCGCACUUCUAUCAGUAUAUCUCCGAAGAAAAGGCUUUUUCCCGGGAUCGAAAUCAGAGUGAAUACCUCUCACUCAACGGCACAUGGAAGUUCCGCCACGAUGAGUCUCCUUUGGAGGCACCCGACUGGACAUCAACUGAUCCACUAAGCUGGAAUGAUAUCCAAGUCCCAGGAAUGUGGCAACUGCAGGGAUACUCACAUCCAACCUACACCAAUGUCAACUACCCAUUCCACGUCAACCCUCCCCAAGUUCCAGUUCUUAACGAAACCGGAUCAUACUGGCGGGAGUUCACUACGCUGUCCAAAUGGAACAACCAGCAGAUCCGACUUCGAUUCGAAGGUGUGGAUAGCGCGUUCCAUGUGUGGAUCAAUGGAGAGCAGAUUGGCUACUCCCAAGGCUCGCGCAACCCGGCAGAGUUUGACAUCACCCCAUUUUUACUACCCACGGACGCUGUGAACACGAUUGCAGUUCGUGUUUAUGAGUUCUGUGAUGGAUCUUACAUCGAACGACAGGACCAGUGGCUCCUGAGUGGCAUUUUCCGGGAUGUGGGCUUACUGGCUUUUCCGCAAGAUGCUGUGAUAAACUUCAAAGCUGUUGCAACUCUCAGUCCAGAUCUCUCGGUCGGAACUCUCACCACAAAAGUGAAAGUUCAGGGGGUCCACGGAAGCGUCGAGGUCAAAUUAUACAACCCAAGUGGUACACUGAUGCACAAUGCCACAUUCCAGUCCACCGACGAGAACACCAUUCGAAUAUCGGGAACAGACCUGCGACUAUGGUCUGCUGAGGAUCCUAUCCUAUAUACACUAUUGAUCACCUUUAACAACCGAACCAUACCUCACCGCGUUGGAUUCAGGCGAAUUGAAAUGAAAGAUUCAAACUUUUUGGUCAAUGGGAAGCCGAUCAUUCUCUACGGCGUCAAUCGACAUGAGCAUCACCAUCUCCACGGCCGGGCAGUACCAUAUGAAAGUAUGCGUGCGGACCUGAUCAUGAUGAAGAGGCACAAUAUAAAUGCCCUGCGAUGUUCCCACCAGCCGAACGAUCCCCGCUUAUACGAAGUUUGCGACGAGCUCGGCCUGUACGUCAUGGCCGAGGCGGAUCUCGAGGCCCACGGAUUCGAUCCCAUUGAGCGAUUCAACAUUCCAAAUCAACAUCUCAUGACCGAGCACGAGAUACAAGAAGCUUCCUAUGAAUUGGCAAAGAAGUGGACUUCCGACAACCCAGAAUGGAAGGAUGCUUACCUUGAUCGUGCGGUUGAGCUAGUUGAGAGAUUCAGAAACUUCCCUUGCAUUAUAAUGUGGUCUCUCGGGAAUGAGGCGUUUUAUGGUCGAAACCAUGUCAGUAUGUAUGAGUGGAUCAAGAACGCUGAUCCGACCCGCCUGGUUCACUAUGAGGGCGAUCGGGAGGCUCUUAGUGCAGAUCUUUACUCCACCAUGUAUUGGACAAUUGAUGCAAUCAAGAAGCAUGUCACUGAGAAAACUGACAAACCUCUGAUUCAGUGCGAAUAUGGUCAUGCCAUGGGUAACGGCCCAGGGGGACUAAAAGAAUACAUCGAGGCAUAUCGCACAGAGCGAUUGCUCCAGGGUGGCUUCAUCUGGGAAUGGUGCAACCACGGUCUGCUGAAGAGAGAGGGUGAUCUAUCGUACUACGCAUACGGUGGUGAUUAUGGCGAUGAACCAAAUGAUGCUGACUUCAUUCUCGACGGGCUGGUAUUCUCCGACCACACGCCAAGUCCAGGACUAAUCGAGUACAAAAAGGUGAUCGAGCCAGUCUCCGUUUCGCAGGUCUCGAACGGCCUCAAAGUUGUAAAUCACUAUGACUUCAGCACACUGGAUCACCUUUCCGCCUCAUGGCAUCUCGUUGAUGACUCCGGCAACACUGAGCCACAAGGAUGGGUUCUUCCACGCAUUGAGCCCGGGCAGACCAAGAUACUCGACCUUCCUUUGAAUAUUGAUAAUCUCACCAAGCCAACAUGGCUCACUAUCAAUUUCUGCCUCAAGGAAGAUCGAGUAUGGGCGCCGAUGAGGCACGAGAUUGCCUGGGCGCAAAUCCCGUUGCACAGAACAGAGGAUUUUAAUAUCCCUCCGCCUUUGCGCUCGGUGACACCGAAAAUGGAAGUUGGGGAACAAUCAGGUCGACUCUAUAUCACCUCGAAUAACUCUAGUUCACAAUUCGUUUAUGAUCUCGUCAGAGGUAAUCUUUCUUGGUCCGCGCACAAGGGCAAGAUUUUCCACAGUGGACCACUGCUAGGGAUAUAUCGUGCUCUGACUCAAAACGACCUCGGCAUGGAAGGACCCGGUGUUGAGUGGAACCGUUACCGAGUGAGAAGUACUCGCAUGCUCAUUGACUCAGCUUCUGGGCGUUUCAAUGACAACGGAAGCAUCUCGAUAACCACCAAGGUCAGAGUUGCACCCACUGUGUUGGCAUGGGCAAUAGAAGCAACUCUCACUUACACCAUCACCGAGAGUUCAAUCCAGCUACACAUCAAAGGAGAUUCCACCGGCUCACAUCCAAAAUAUAUUCCUCGACUUGGUUUGACAAUCCGACUCCCACACCACUAUGAUGCGGCAACCUGGUUUGGCAGAGGUCCCGGGGAGUCCUACCGAGACACAAAGAGCAGUUCUCGUUUUGGAACAUACACUGCCACUAUUGAUGAUGGGCUGGAGACACCAUACGAGUGGCCCCAGGAGAAUGGCAAUCGCGUAGAUAUGCGCUGGGUGCGAGUGCAUUCGUCGCCCCAAACUGCCCUGCGCUCAACGCGCGUGGUAAAUGACUUGCCGUCCCCGCAGAUUGAGGUCAAGAUGGAUGCGCCCUUUAGUUUCUCCUUGCGUAAAUAUGCAAUGAGUGAGCUCGACCGUGCAAAACACCCACAUGAGCUCUCAGAAUUGGACAACGAGACGGAGCUCAAUAUUGACUAUCUUCACCAUGGAGUUGGUACGGCCAGUUGUGGGCCUGGUCCUUUUGAGGGUCACAGGUUGGAGGCUGGACCCUUUGAAUUUACCACUGUGUUCAGUCUCGUUGAUUGA